CCUUCACAGCGGUUAAAUAAGCUGGUGUCAGAGACGGAGCAGCUGUGUAGUGUGAACACAUUAACAGUGUAAGGACUGUCUCACUCUGCUUCGGGGGCUUUCACACUCACAUUAAACCUCCCUCUCCUCCUGCACCUCUCUCUGGAUCUGUCUGUCAUUUUCUAUCUCCUUAAAUACUUGACCAACAAGACUGCUUUUGAACUGGACAUCUAGAAACUUUUUUUUAUUUUGUUUUUUAUUUUUGUAUAUUUUGUUUUUGUUAAUGGUGCAAUGUCGUCUUUGCCAGGAACGGUACCGCGGAUGAUGCGCCCGGCUCCCGGACAGAACUAUCCCCGCACUGGAUUCCCUCUGGAAGUGUCCACUCCUCUGGGCCAGGGACGUGUCAACCAGCUCGGAGGGGUCUUCAUCAACGGCCGCCCGCUACCCAACCACAUCCGACACAAGAUCGUGGAGAUGGCCCAUCACGGGAUCCGGCCCUGCGUCAUCUCCCGCCAGCUGCGCGUCUCCCACGGCUGCGUCUCCAAGAUUCUGUGUCGCUACCAGGAGACCGGCUCCAUCCGGCCCGGAGCUAUCGGAGGCAGCAAGCCCAGGCAGGUAGCCACGCCGGACGUGGAGAAGCGGAUAGAGGAGUACAAGCGGGACAACCCCGGCAUGUUCAGCUGGGAGAUCAGGGAUAAACUGCUGAAGGACGGAGUGUGUGACAGAAGCACAGUCCCUUCAGUGAGUUCAAUCAGCCGUGUGCUUCGAGCUCGCUUUGGGAAGAAGGACGAGGAGGAUGAGUGUGAUAAAAAGGAUGAAGAUGGGGAGAAGAAAACGAAACACAGUAUCGACGGUAUUCUCGGGGACAAAGGCAGUCGGAUGGAUGAAGUGUCUGAUGUAGAGUCGGAGCCUGACCUCCCUCUGAAGAGGAAGCAGCGCAGGAGUCGCACCACGUUCACAGCGGAGCAGCUGGAGGAGCUGGAGAAGGCUUUCGAAAGAACCCACUACCCUGACAUCUAUACCAGGGAAGAGCUGGCCCAGAGGACCAAAUUGACUGAGGCCAGGGUCCAGGUCUGGUUCAGCAAUCGAAGAGCCAGAUGGCGAAAACAAGCAGGAGCCAAUCAGCUAGCAGCAUUCAACCAUCUGUUGCCAGGUGGAUUUCCUCCUACAGGGAUGCCAACACUUCAGACUUACCAGCUUCCAGAGUCUAGCUACCAAACCAACACUCUGUCUCAAGAUGGUGGUGGUACAGUUCACCGUCCCCAGCCGUUACCUCCAUCCACCAUGCACCAGAGUAGUCUGUCUAGCACUGACAGCAGCUCCGCCUACGGUCUGGCCUCAAACCGCCACAGCUUCUCCACCUACUCUGACACUUUUAUGACCUCCGCAGCACCAAGCAGCCACGUCAACCCUGUCAGCAAUGGACUCGCCCCACAGGUGAUGAGCAUUCUGAGUAACCCAAGUGGAGUCUCCUCACAGCCACAACACGACUUCUCCAUUUCACCGCUCCAUAGCGCCUUGGACUCCUCUCCAUCCAACGUCAUCUCAGGCAGCUGCAGCCAGCGUUCAGCCGAGGCCUCUAUUAAGACGGUGGACAGCCAUCCCUCAUCCCAGUCCUACUGCCCUCCCACAUACAGCACCACCAGCUACAGCAUGGACUCAGCUGUGGCAGCUGCCGGCUACCAGUACAGUCAGUAUGGCCAGAGUGAGUGCUGCUAUUCGAGGUUAAGCAACAUUUUGUUAUGAAACUUGCCCUUUUUUAAAGCUCUCUGUCAUUAAUUGAUAAACAAUUAAUUAAGCACAGUUAUUCCACUCAGUAAAUUAUUCCAAUAAACAAUAAUUCCACAUUUAUUCAGAGUUAGACAAAGUAUUGCUGCUAGCAGUCAAGCAUAGUCUACAGUACAGAAUGACACACACCACUGAGAGAAAACAGCACAGCUAGUGUCAGAGUACAGACAGCACAGUCAAAUAAACAAUCACACACACAUAAACUGUGCUGUAAAUGAAAAUAAAAAAAGGGUUUAGUCCGUGGACGCUUCCUGGUGUAUUUUUCACAGGAACAAUCAAACAAAUAGAGGGAAGGAGGGAUGACCAUCACUCCCUAUCCUCCUCAUAGUUUGGUAAUGCAUAAACAACUUAUAGCCUACUAUACGGAGUCAACGGCAGCGUAAAAUAUCACUUUAGCAUGGUGGGACACCACAUCCCAAGACACAGUGCUGCAGUGGGGUUACCUGUAAAAAAUAGUGUGUAAGCUACAACAUUUACGAAGAAGAUCAGAAAUUUAUGGAGAUGUGGAUUAUGAUAAGGUUUGGAAUUUCAGCACCAUGGACAGCACCACUGAUUUAUUAGUACACAGUGACCAACUCAUAUUUAAGAAGCACAACUCCAAAUACGCUAUCCAAUAGAAGAUGAGUCGAGGGCAACUGGACUUUGUUGUAGACUUUUAAAAAUACUCUCAUCCAAGAGGUCUCUUCAGUUAUUACUGCCUGGUGGGAAGACCUAUGCAUUUAACUUCUGUGGGGUCGUUUUUAAAGUCAUCAAUGUUACAUGGUUCAUUAUUGCUCCUUACAGUCUUUAGACUUGUUGGAGUCACUUUAGGCCAAGUGUGAAUGCUUGUUAAAUCUCCUGGGAAGGGGUGAAACAUUGUGGGUGAGCGACAAGUGAUGUUUUAGACCUCCACCUCUACUGGGGAAUAAUGUCUCUACUUUGACAUAAGUGGCCUCCCUCACUACUCUUUCAAACCACAUGUCCUCCCUAUCUAAAAUGUGUAUUGUUGUUGCCAUCAAGGGAAUGAUCCUCCUCCCUCAUAUUUAAGUAAAAUGUUGAGGCUUGAACUUGGUAACUGACACUCCUGAUUAACGCCAUGAUUUUGGCUUUUUUGAUUACACCAAUAUCUCUACUGUAGAUCUGUUCAUAACUCACAUGGCUGACAUUGCUUUAAUGGGUGUCCAUUCUUUCAGAUGUACCAUUUUUUUAUGUUACUGUAUUGGUGGGUUUCACAUUGUUGGUGCUCUUCAAGGUUCUUGCAGCCUUUUUCACAAAGGUCAAGCUGUCAUUGAAUCCAACCCAGCAAAAAAAAUAACAUGGAAUCCAAUGGAACCCUUAUGAAGAGUUACCAUGAGGCCACAAGAUUCUACCUCUGCUCUUUUUUUCUCCUAUUUUAGCCAACAAAUAUACAAUAGCUAUCAUAUUUAUUUAAAUAUCACUAACAUUAUUUAAAGGUUUGACUCAAGCCAGUGUUUGAGAUGUGUCAUAAAAGGCUGGUGCACUCAAGCAAAUGAUAGCACACUCGCACUCGAAGGGAACAAACCACAGCACAGCAGGUGCCAGAAGCCUCAAAAGCAACGCUACAUAGGAGUUUAUCCAUGCCAGAGCUGGUUUGAGCCCUGAGAAUGCCAAGGGAGAGUAAACUAAGGGUACAUUGAGCAACAAUAACUGGUAGCCCUGCUGGUGGUUGUGUAAUUGGGCUAAUGUCAGCCAUUAAUUGUGGGCAAUGAUUAAGUUCUAUUUCACCAGCCAAUGGUAGUAUUAUGACAAUUGAACAAAUCGCAGACAGGGGUUGGCUGGUAGCAUCUCCUUGCACUUUGGCAUAUCCGCUGUUUUGGAGCUUAGAGAAGAAAUGGUGUUGGCUCUUCAGUACUGGGUGCUUGACCCCGGUUUUCUUUUAUAAAAUAAUAUCAUACUAAGUGGAAACAUAAUGCAGUGGACCAGACUCAAGAGGUAGAGCAGGUUAACCAGAAGGUCUGUGGUUCAGUGCUGCAGUCCAUAUGUCGUCAAAGUUGGGCAAGUAAGUGAACCCCCAAAGUGCUGCUGACAUGGUGACUACACAAACAUACACACUACUCAAGUGAAAGAGACAACACUCAUGCACCUGAACUUCAAAGUCUGAGGUAAUGUUCUAUCAAAGGACACACACAUACACACAUGCAUAUUGAAAUCAGUAAUGAUCAAUUCACAUCCCUCACAUGACAAACAAAGAGAGAGACAGAACUACAAUGGACAGGCAUAACUCCAAGGGAAUCAGAGCGGCAGGGGAUCUAUUAUACUAAGGGUGGAAUCAAUCACUGCUUUCAUACAUGCACUGAACCCCAGAGAUCGUCUGUAGUUUCUCCGGAAGAGAAGUAUGUGUGGGCAGAGUUUCCCCGCCUGGCCCCCUAGUAUAAAGUCCACAGAAACUCAGGAGGCCCAAUGCUUCUGCUGGUGCUAUUUGCUGCAUGAGUCGGGAUCACUUUGGUUGGGGGCUUUUUCAGCUCUGAUGAGGUCUGAGUCUGACUUUUUAAUUUUUUUUACACAAUCAAGACACAUAGAUACAAUUUUAUAAAUUGGGAGACCUGUGGAUCUGCUCCCCCAUUCACUCCGCAACAGAUGACAUUGUAACAUGUGCCAACUGCAUUAAGGGGGUGGAAAUGCGAUACCACUGUAAUAUGGUUAAAAGCAUGAUUCCAGAUUAUAACAACUUGAUAACUAGCUAUAUACUAAAACAUUUCUAUUACAAAAUCUCUCUUAUGCUAUGACUGAUCCUCUGUAAUGCAAAGUUAGUGGUUUGGCUGUACCCCCACCCCACCCCACCCCCUUCCUGCAGACAGAUUUAACAGUUUACUUGAGACAUUUGACUCCUCUCUUGUUCUAAUUCAGAAAGCUCCUGACAGAUUAAAGUAUAUACUGUCAAAAUAGCUGAGGCUAGAGUGUGUGCCUGCACCUGUAUUUGUACAUGUGUGCAUAUGUUUUAGUGUGUAUUAUCAGAUGAGCUGUAUCUUGGUGGCAGAGGACUCUCGGUGUGACUGCUCAACAGGGAUUUAAGGUAUAAACCUGGCUGACAGGAAAAACAGCUUCCUUUACAGGGCCUACUAAACCCUUGUGAAACAUACACACACACGCACACACACACACACACACACACACUGCUCCCCCACUAGCUGUCUGGCUGACUGGCAUCUUGGCAGACAGACCUGCCCACCCAUAGGUGCUCUUCUUUCUCUCAUUCCUCAGCAUCGAGUGACAGCUUCCUUUUUGUGCACACUAACAUCCUAACUGACAUGUCUUACUUAUUGCCCCCAAUAGCCUAAACACACACACAUGCACACCAUGUCACAUCCCUUCUGCUGUCAGCCCCCCUCUCUUCAGCCCUAUUAAAGAGAAGUUAUCGCCAGCUAAACCAGGGAGGGGCAACAUCCACCACUCCAAGAGAAAAAUAUACUGAGCAUUAAUGCCAGGUUUUUCGAAGAAAGUGACUACCUGUCUCUAUCUUUGUUUGUGGAAGCAGAACUGUUGGCUGCUUUUGUCUUUCUGUCAGUGUUAUGUUGUCAGUCAAUGUGAAUGAACAAACAAUUCUGCAACUAUACAAUAUAUGUUUUGUUUUGUGGAUUAAGUACUAUUUAUGUGUGUGAUUGUGUGCAUCAACACCUUUUAUCUCUUAUUUCUCUGUGCCAUAGAACUCCAUUGUUUGUAAAAAGUAUUAAAAACACAUCAGUGAGACACACUGGGUCACAGGUUCCUUUAUUUUCAUCAACGUUUAAGUCCCUGUCCCACUUCCUCUCCCUUGGCCCUACCACUAGUUAUGAAGUUCCCUUCGCUUGGAGUGUCCCCCUUCAAACUGAGCCACAAAGGGUAGGCUUAGAAAAUCUUUCCUAGGAAUAGGGACACCACUCGCUACUUCAUCAGCAGCCAACCAACGUUAUGUCCUUUAAUUCUCACUUAAAACAAAUUUCUAGGACCACCUUGUUUCACUUGCAUAAC